AUGGCGGAGCCGCGCAGAGUCGCGUUCAUUAGCCUGUCACCGGUGAGGCGGCGCGAGGCCGACUUCGCGGGCGCGGAGCGCGAGCCCCCCCGACUGGAGCCGCAGCCGUACCGCGAGCCGGCCCGGGCGGAGCCGGCCCCCCGCGCUGACGCGCAGCCCCCGGCGCGCGACAAGCCGCUCCCCCAGCGCGAGGUCAGCCGCGCCGAGCCGCCCAUGGCGCUGCAGCGCGAGCCCCCGCGGCCCGAGCCGCCGCCGCCGCCGCCGCCCCUGCAGACUCCCCCUCCGCGGGAGUCGGCUUCCCGAGCGGAGCCGCCGCCGCGACCGCCGAAGGAGACGGUUCGCCUGGAGCUGGUGCUCAAGGACCCCACGGACGAAAGCUGCGUGGAGUUCAGCUACCCGGAGCUGCUGCUGUGCGGAGAACAACGGAAGAAACUUGUUCAUACAGAAGAUCCAUUUACUGAUGAGCAUAAGGAGAGGCAAGAAGUGGAAAUGUUGGCUAAGAAGUUUGAAAUGAAAUAUGGUGGGAAAGCUCGUAAACACCGGAAGGAUCGGCUACAAGAUUUAAUUGAUAUAGGCUUUGGCUAUGAUGAGACAGAUCCAUUUAUUGAUAACUCAGAGGCUUAUGACGAAUUAGUCCCUGCUUCGCUAACAACAAAAUACGGAGGCUUCUAUAUCAACACGGGCACACUGCAGUUUCGCCAAGCUUCAGACACUGAAGAAGACGAUUUUACAGAUAACCAAAAGCACAAGCCACCCAAGGUUCCCAAAAUAAAAGAAGAUGAUAUUGAGAUAAAGAAGCGGAAGCGGAAAGAGGAAGGGGAGAAAGAAAAGAAGCCAAGGAAAAAAGUACCCAAACAACUGGGAGUUGUGGCUCUCAAUUCACACAAGUCUGAAAAAAAGAAAAAGCGGUAUAAAGAUUCCCUUUCUCUGGCUGCCAUGAUACGAAAAUUUCAGAAAGAGAAGGAUGCAUUGAAGAAGGAAUCUACCCCUAAAGUCCCAGUGACCCCAUCAACUUCCUCUCUGCCUAAGCCCCCUUGUGUGGCAACAGCCCUGGGGGAUGACCUCCCAGACUUAAGUCUGAACAGUGCUGAUCCAGAUCUCCCUAUUUUUGUUAGCACAAAUGAACAUGAACUGUUUCAGGAAGCUGAAAAUGCCCUAGAGAUGCUAGAUGAUUUUGACUUUGACAGAUUACUGGAUGCUACUUCUGACGGAAGUCCCCUCUCUGAGUCAGGGGGAGAAAAUGGAAAUACCACCCAGCCCACCUUCACCUCUCAGGUUGUGCCCAAGGUGGUACCUACACUUCCAGAUGGUCUACCUGUGCUGCUUGAGAAACGCAUUGAGGACCUUCGUGUAGCUGCCAAACUUUUUGAUGAAGAAGGAAGGAAAAAAUUCUUUACACAAGAUAUGAAUAAUAUUCUUCUAGACAUCGAGUUACAGCUACAAGAACUAGGUCCUGUCAUUCGUAGUGGUGUCUACUCCCAUCUUGAAGCAUUUGUGCCAUGCAAUAAGGAAACACUGGUAAAACGUCUAAAGAAAUUGCAUCUUAAUGUUCAGGACGAUCGUUUAAGAGAACCUCUGCAGAAACUGAAGCUGGCUGUUAGCAACGUCAUGCCUGAACAGCUGUUUAAAUACCAGGAGGACUGCCAGGCUCGCAGUCAAGCCAAGUGUGCCAAGUUGCAAGCAGAUGAAGAACGGGAAAAAAAUGGAUCCGAUGAUGAUGAUGAUGAGAAACCAGGGAAGCGAGUCAUAGGCCCCCGAAAGAAAUUCCACUGGGAUGACACCAUCAGAACUUUGUUAUGUAACCUUGUUGAGAUCAAAUUGGGAUGCUAUGAAUUAGAACCAAAUAAAAGCCAGUCUGCUGAGGAUUAUCUUAAAUCCUUCAUGGAGACCGAGGUGAAGCCACUGUGGCCUAAGGGCUGGAUGCAGGCAAGAAUGCUUUUUAAGGAAAGCCGGAGUGUACAUAAUCAUCUUACUUCUGCUCCGGCAAAGAAAAAGGUGAUCCCUGCAUCAAAACCCAAAGUCAAGGAGGUGAUGGUAAAGACCCUUCCUGUCCGUUCUUUCCCUACUAUGCUGAAGGAAUGUAGCCCCAAAAAAGACCCCAGAGCUCCUGCGUCCAUGGUGGCUUCAGGUGGCGGUCCUUCCACGAGCGCCAGCACAUCCAUCGCUGCCUCAGCCAGCUCCAGCUCAACACCAGCUCAAGAAACCAUCUGCCUUGAUGACUCCCUAGAUGAAGACCUGUCUCUCCCCUCAGCCUCACUGGAUCUUGUGUCUGAAGCUUUAGCUGUCAUCAACAAUGGGAACAAGGGCCCCUCAGUUGGUUCAAGGCUAACUGUGCCAACUACAAAACCUCGGCCAGGACUGAGAGAAGAAAAGCUAGCAAGUAUCAUGAGUAAGUUACCACUGGCUACUCCCAAAAAACUAGAUUCUACUCAGACUGCUCACUCAUCAAGUCUUAUUGCUGGUCACACGGGGCCAGUACCAAAGAAACCCCAGGAUUUAGCUCAUACUGGUAUUUCUUCAGGCCUUAUUGCUGGUUCUUCAAUUCAGAACCCUAAAGUUUCCUUAGAACCUUUGCCAGCCAGGCUACUCCAGCAAGGACUGCAAAGGUCAAGCCAGAUACAUGCUUCUUCCUCUUCACAGACUCAUGUCUCCUCCUCCCAAGCCCAAGCUGCUGCCUCCUCUCAUGCUCUGGGAACAUCAGAGGCCCAAGAUGCUUCUUCGUUAACACAAGUAACAAAGGUGCACCAGCACUCAGCUGUCCAGCAGAACUAUGUGUCUCCAUUACAAGCCACCAUUAGUAAAUCACAGACCAACCCAGUGGUGAAACUAAGUAAUAACCCCCAACUUUCCUGUUCAUCCCAACUACUCAAGACUUCAGAUAAGCCACUGAUGUAUCGCCUCCCUUUGUCUACCCCAUCACCUGGAAAUGGUUCUCAGGGGCCCCACCCCCUGGUUUCUAGGACAGCACCGAGUACCACUACCUCCAGUAACUAUUUAGCCAAGGCUAUGGUGUCACAAAUCUCCACGCAGGGUUUCAAAUCUCCCUUUUCAAUGACUGCAUCUCCCAAACUUGCCGCAUCUCCCAAACCUGCCACAUCUCCCAAACCUUUGCCCUCACCUAAGCCUUCUGUUUCACCCAAGCCCUCUCUGUCUGCUAAGCCUUCAGUAUCUACUAAACUGAUUUCUAAAUCCAACCCAACUCCCAAACCUGCUGUAUGCCCAAGUUCUUCUAGUCCAAACACACUAGUAGCCCAGAGUAGCCACUCCACAAGUAACAACCCCGUCCAUAAACAGCCCAGUGGAAUGAACAUCAGCAGACAGUCUCCCACUCUGAAUUUGUUGCCCUCAAAUCGCACUUCUGGCCUUCCGACUACAAAAACUCUUCAGCCCCCUUCUAAACUAACAAACUCAUCAUCCACUGGAACUUCUGGGAAGAACAACAUGAGUGGACUUCCAGUGAAUGUGCCUGCCAGCAGAGGUAGCAACCUUAACUCAAGUGGAGCUAAUAGGACUAGUCUAUCUGGGGGAACAGGAAGUGGAACACAGGGUGCUACUAAACCGUUGUCUACCCCACAUAGACCAACCUCUGCCUCAGGGACUUCAGUGGUAACAGCCAGUGUGCAGGUAUGUAUGGACUGUGUAUUUAUAUAAUGAAUGUAAGAUUGAGCAACUUUCCAGGUGAUACAUACAACACGUAGUAUGUGUUUAAAAUGGGCUGAUGACAGCCACGCCUAUGAAAUGCUCUCAGUGUUGACAUCAUAGUG